CGAACGUUCGCCGCGUGACAGUUAGAGCAAGAAAACUCAACACCAGCCAUUUCUAUAGUACAUAUAAUAUAUAGUAUUAUUUAUCACACAGCCGAUUCAACUGCAAACCCCGGGCUCGAUGCCAAACUUCCAGAUUCGAACAUCGGAAGUUUCAGAUUCCCAGAAACUCUGAAGCGCAAAUUGAUGUUUAUUUAUAUCGUAUUCUCAUAUGGAGAAUUUCCAGAGCUGCUCAUCUGUUAUGGGAAAGAUGCAUUCAAGGACUAAAAAGACAGUAAAAGCUACCACUGUGAUUGGAUCUUCACCAUCUCAACCGAAGACAAGUGCUGAGAUCAUUAGCGAGGCCCGUUCUUCACUGAGAAGUUUAAAGACUCAAAGACCAUUUACUCCUAAAGAUCAUCAGAGGACGCUUUUUGCGUCUACUUCUUCCCGUGAACCUGAUAAUAGGCCUCCUUCUGCAUUCAGUCUCCAUUCUCGAAGCUUUGAAGGUAGUGACUCAAGACCCAUAUCAGGAGCACGUCUCACCCCUCUGGAUCAUAAACCAAAAAUUCCUACCUCUCCUUCCAAAGAUGAAGGACCUCCCAUUCCAAAGCCCCCACUGGACCCAGUAGAGGUUAAGAGAGUAAGCAAUGCUCGUGCACGACUAUUUAAAGUAGCUUCUCAAGGAAGCCUGCUGCCUGACAAAGAAAUUCAUUUUGAAGAAACGGUAAAGAGAUUAAAUUCAGAUUCCUCUCUCAACAUGAAAGACUUCUCACAUGAUGCUGAUGAAUUUGCCUUAUCACAUUUUAAUACGAAAAUCUUAACAAAUAAGAGCCCAGAAUCUGCUGGAGAGAAGAUGAACCUACCUACUAGGAUAAGGGAAUAUGUGGACUCUCUAUCAAAACAGACUAGCCUUGGCAGCAAACAGGCAAAACAAGAGAGUAGACCUUCCACCGCUCUUGGGAACACUGAAAUUAACAUAGAACAGAACAGAACAGAAUCAAAUGGUGAAUCAAGGACAUAUGAAGAUGAAACUGAGGAAGAAAUUCUGUACUGGAAUACAAAGAUCCAGCCUCUUCUUGAUAAAAUUAAGUCUUUAAAAAAUGGCAACGAUGUAGAACAUCUCUGCAAAGCAUGUUCAAGCCUUUAUCAUGCGUUGCAGGAGGGGAACAUGUUGGGGAAAAUGUGUAAAAGAAGAGCUGUUCUUCUAAAAGCGUUGUAUAGACUGGUGGAUGUUGGCUCAGAUCAGCUCAACAUUCAGCUAGCUAAAAUUAUACUGGCGCUGAAAGUAAGUGGCAGAAAUCUUCUUAACAUCUGUAAAUUGAUGUUCAAAAUUAGUAGGAGUGAGAAUAAUGAUGUUCUAUUCCAAACUGAUAACAUUUUGGAUUGCUUGAUGGAGGUCUUCAGUUUUACAGAUCCAUUUGGUAACAUUGAUGCUUUUAUAUACUGUAUGGGAACAAUCAAGUUCCUUUCUGGAAAUAUGAUUCUACUCAAAGACCUACUCAACAAAGGUUUAGUUGAGACUUUAGUGCGAUUAAUGAAGGAGAUCAAUGAUUUCAACAGAACAAGUGACACAUAUCUUUGCAGCUCAGGACAUUUGUUGGUUCAGGUCACUGCUACUCUCAGAAACUUGGCAGAUUUGCCUCAUUCCCGAUCUAGGUUCCUAAGCAGUGGAGCACUAUCGGAACUUUGUGUGGUACUGGAACAGCACCUAAAUGAUGAAGAUGUCUGUACAAACGUAGCCAGAAUAUUCAGCAAACUUUCAGCCUACAAUGACUGUUGUCUUGCAUUGUCAAAAUGCACCAGCUGCUUCCAAUUAUUUUUGGCUAUCCUCCACAGACACCAAAGGAAGCAGGAUUUAGUGGUCCGUGUGGUUUUUAGUUUGGGAAACAUGACUGCAAAGAACGAUGAAGCAAGAGAAGAAUUUUACAAACAGAAGUACAGUGUCGAGACUUUACUGACUCUAUUUCAAACAUACCAUGAACUAGAUGUUAAAAUAAAAAUCACCCCAACAAAGACACAGAACAAGAGUGAAAUAGAUGGAACCAAGAGCCAGAGACUCUCUGAGGUGGAAGAUAUCCUAGUAAAGCUGAUAAGAGUGAUUGCUAAUUUAUCCAUAAACACUGAAGUUGGCUCUGCAUUCUCUGGAAACCAGAAUUGUGUGGAUCUGCUUAUUAAAGUAUUAGAAUGCAAAACAAUUGAGAAGUGUGAAGAGCUGAUGAUGAAUGCUGCAACAGCAAUCAACAACCUGUCCUACUAUCAAGUGAAGAACUCAGCUGUCAGGGCCAGGCAGCUGCACAUAGCUGAAUUGUUGAUGAAGCUUUUAUUGUGUAACAAUAUGGACGCAAUAUUGGAAGCUGCCCGGGUCUUUGGAAAUCUCUCUCGGUCAAAGGAGGUCCGUGACUUCAUUGUACAGAACAAUGUGGAUAAAUUUAUGAUCACAUUGUUGGAUGCCAAGCACCAGGACGUCUGUUUUGCUGCUUGUGGAGUGCUUAUAAACUUGACAGUUGAUAAAAACAAACGACCCAUACUGAAGCAGGAUGGAGGAAUAAAAAAGUUAAUUGACUGUUUGAGAGACUUUGGGCCUACAGACUGGCAAUUGGCCAGCCUGGUCUGCAAAACCCUUUGGAACUAUAGUGAAAAAAUAACCAGUGCAGUGUUGUGCUUUGGAGAAAAUGAAACUAGUGAACUUCUGGAACUUCUUCCUGCAUACUUAAAUGAAGAAAUUGCAUUGGAUGUUGCCACCAGUGGUUCAGAUGAAGGACUGAUAGAACAUCAUAAAACGUGCUGGGAAUCUGAGUUUGUACCUGUGGCUCAACAGUUACUACGUAGGAUACAGUGUCACCACAGGCACGUAGAAGCUUUACCAUCUUCGUCACUACAGAAUUGCUCCUCUUCAAAAGGUUUAUUCUAAUAUUCUAUUGCCAAGGAAAACAAAACGCAACUUGUUUUUAGAUUUGCUUGAUCUAAAAUACUGAAUAUUGAAUUUUUAAACCGUAAUAUAUAACCACUGAGUGUCACAUUGCAAUAGAAAUGCUUGUUUUAGAUUUGGCUUUAUAAUUAAUUUACUUUAUGGAAAUCAAAAUCGUGAAUCUCUUGAAAGUAUAUGAUAUACAUUUAAAAAUUUAUACAACUUCAUGGAUAUUUGGCACCUUUCACAUUAAGAAACUGGUUUGUAGAGUCUGAUGUUUGGCAUUUGUAUAUGUUUUUCUGUAUAUUAAUGUACAGUGUAAGAUAUAGCAAUGAUCUGAUCUCUUAAUAAUUUUAGAAAGCUGUAAAUAUAUUUUUGUACAUUACAAAUAGUCUUAAUUUUGAGUUUAUUCAAAGACUCUGUGACUCUUUGAUUUAAUGUGGGUGUCAGAUUGCCUCUCACCUGUAAAGCAUAUGAACAGGAAAUGUAUUGUUCUGUAUUUAUGCCCCCAUGACAAGAGAUUCCGUGUGCAGUGUAUAAAACUGACAUUGC